AUGAGCUCGCAGCGUUAUGAACGGGUAAACGCCCACGACGACGAUGAUGCCCCUCCGUCGAUCGCCCUGCAGCCUACUCCUUCGUCUCCGCCUCCUUCAUUCCGCUCACGUUCCGUCUCGCCCUCCUCAAGACGUCUCCUACACGAUGACCCUUUACACCGAAACAGCACAGAACAAACACUAGCCGAUGCGUUCGAUGACAGCGACUCGGAGGCCGGCGAUGAGCCAGAUGACCGGCAGCGGCUAAUGAGGGCGCAGCCGGAUUCAUGGACGACAGCAGAAACUAGCAACAACACAUCGGCACCAGCUGAAGGGGUGGGGGCGGCGUCGUCGUCUGGCGGAGGUAGUGAAACACAACCCGGGGGCGGUUCAAAUGCGAAUGCCGCGCCGCCUAGAGGAAUCCAGCGAAGUUCGACGUUAUUGCCUUUCCUUGGCGGCACGUCCAGUUCGGGUUCGAAUCGGCAUAUCCCUUCAUCGAAUGACGGAGUUUUUGCAAACUUGGCGGCCAAGCCGGAACGGGGAGAGAAGAGUGAGGAUCUGCCUCCGUCAUAUGAAGAGGCUGCUGCCGAUGCGACCCCGCCAUACUGGGAGACCACUAUUGUGGCGCCCGGCAUUUCGUCGGAUGAAGUUUACGUAGAUGGGCUGCCGGUCGGCUCGAUCUUCUCCUUCAUUUGGAAUGCCAUGAUCUCCAUGUCGUUCCAACUAGUUGGGUUCCUCCUCACAUACCUCCUUCACACGACGCACGCCGCAAAGAACGGAAGCCGGGCUGGUCUUGGCCUCACGUUAGUGCAAUACGGGUUCUAUAUGAAGGGUGGUAGCGAGUCAAGCUCAGGGGGUGGAGGUUCAGACGAGCAUAUCACGCCACCAGACCCUAAUAGCCAUAGUUUCGACCCCAACCAGGUGGCCGAGAGUGGGAGCUCGGGCGGCGAUGGAGGAGGUGGUGCGGCUGCAAUCACCACAAGCGAGUGGAUUUCUUAUGUUUUGAUGAUUGUUGGAUGGUUUGUCCUAAUUCGGGCCAUCAGCGACUUCCUCCGGGCUCGACGCCAUGAGCAAUUGGUCUUGCAGAGCCCUGAGCGUGGGCUCCCUGUUCCAGUUAUUGCUGAGAACGAGAGGUCCGAGACGGUCGUUUAG